GCGGGAGGGAGAGGCGCUACCAGCAUAAGGGAACGUGAUGAACUCCCAGUUGAUCGGGAUCCUGUUCAGCGCCCUGCUAGGGGCUGCCCUGGGACAGCGCAUGCGGUGCUAUGACUGCGGUGGAGGCCCCAGCAACUCCUGCAAGCAGACAGUGAUCACCUGUGGUGAAGGUGAGCGCUGUGGAUUCCUGGACCGCAAACUUCAACCCAGCUCAGAACAAGCCAAGCAACCCUCCGGGACCUUGAGCCAUCACUACCCAGCCUGCGUGGCCACGCAUCAUUGCAACCAAGUGGCCAUAGAGUCAGUGGGAGACGUGACUUUCACAACCCAGAAAAACUGCUGCUUCGGAGACCUGUGCAACGGCGCCGUGGCAAGCUCCUCGACCCCAUUGUGCAUCUUGGCUGCAGUUACCACCCUGGCCUGGCUCUUGUCAGGACAGUAGAGCAGGAGAGUGGGACUGAGGGUAGGGAAGGGACCGAGGGACCAAGGGAGUGAGGGAGCUGGACAUCCAAGGUAAGAAGACAAGCGCUCCGUUGGGUGCCGUUAAAAAUGUCGGACUAUUCUAGAGAUGACUGUAAAAUUAUUAUUUUUUUCAUUCUUUGAGGUGAGGUGCUGGGAUUAAAGGUGUGAACCACC